UGUAUGUGUAAAGGCAGAGAAAAUAAAUUGUAUUUUCGCUGAAGAAAAGCAGCGUUAGGCGCAGAACGCGUUUGCAAAACUGGGUGAAAUAAUUAAACUACGUAGCAAAUACAACACAUAUGUGAAUACAAGAAUUGCACAGUGUACAUAUCUCAUACGAUACAUACUACAUACGUAUAUAAUUGCAUCAGCAGCAGCAUGCCCGACGACAACGACAAUUCCGGUGACUGCAGCAGCAGCAACGACGAAGAUAUAAAUCGCCCGUCUUGCAACAAUGGCGCCGGCAGAGGAUCCAGCAGAAAAACAGAUCAAAUCGAUCGUAAAAAGCGUCGCAUUGUCAUGCGCAUCGAAUUUGAUGAUUCUGACGAUGACGGCGAAGAAUCGGACGACGCCAGUAGUUCGGUCGCCAGCAACGGCAACGUUGCUGACCUUGAUACACGACCGUCGUGUUCAACGGGCGCCCCCGCCCGUCAACGCCGCAGCACUCGAGUGGUAUCCAAAAAAAAGCAACCUGCCGCUGACUCCGAUUCUGAUAGCUUGGAAAGGAUAUCAGCACGUCAACUGAGAAGUCGGCGCGGUGCUAAUCGUUUGCAAUUCGAUGAUGAGUGGGAAGAUAGCAUCUCGUCCAGCGGCAGUGAGAUCGCUCAAUGCACCAAUACACGAAGACGCGGGAAAAAACAAAAGAAAUUCAUCAUCUCGGACGAUGAAGUUCCGGCUAACGAGACAAACGGCGCGGUUGUCGACGGCGGUUUCAGUUCCGAUAGCAGUAGCAACGAGCUGCUGGAGAAAUGUCCGAUUUGUCUGUUAACUUUUCGCCAGCAAGAAAUUGGCACGCCGGCGACGUGCGAGCAUAAUUUCUGUGCGGCCUGCAUCGAGGCAUGGUCGAAGAAUGUGCAAACCUGUCCCAUAGACCGGCUCGCGUUCGAUAAAAUUAUCGUGCGCGAUACGUUCGGACUUCGCAAUAUAGUACGCGAGAUUCUCGUAGAUCCGAGCAAAGCGAAAAAAGAGCUCGAGCUCGAUGAUGACAAUGAGGAGGGUGGCGCUACAUUUGAGGUAACCAACUGCGAAAUCUGCAACAGUCCGGACCGUGAGGAUGUCAUGCUCCUGUGUGAUAGCUGCAAUCAGGGCUAUCAUAUGGAUUGCUUGGAUCCACCGCUGCUUGAAAUACCCGAAGGUUCUUGGUACUGUGACAAUUGCUUUGCAUCCCAUGACGAGGAUAUGGAUGAGCAAUUGGAGCUAGCAGAGGAUUUGCAAAUGUUGUAUGAGGACAUAAGGGGCAUGGGUUUGCCAGAGACACGUCUGCGAGUACGCGAAGUUCAGCAACCACGAAUUUUGCGGACUCGUCAAAACGAACGCAUCCGGGCGGCUGUUUUGAGGCACACACGGAGCUCGGCAGCGGCACAACUGGAGACCACCACUACAACGCAGAUGCAGACAACACGACGAGGUCGAGGAAGCACAACAACUACCACGACCACGACACGCACCACAACAACGCAGCGAAGCGCCAGCGGACGCACUGCACCUUCAGGCACCACACAGAGACGGCGCCGUAGACGUAAGCGCACACGUUAUCGUACCUAUGUAGUGGAAUAUGAUUUGAAUAAUUUUGAUGAGAAAUUUGCAUUGAAGACCACCAGAAAAGUGAUAAAAAGGCGGCGACGACGUAAGGCGAACCGCAAGUUAAGUCGAGCGAACACAGAAAAAGGCGAACUUGUGCGUCUCAGCGCCAGCAAACGGCUCGCAGAGCAAAUGGGCGUCAAAACAGAUGCGAACCAUAGCUCUCGCUUGGGUGGUGCUGCGGCAAGUUUUACACUUUUUGGGCAUGCGAAUGAUUUAGAAUAUUUCUCAGAUAGCGAUAACGCUGGCGAGGAUGUGGCAAUUCCCACACAUGUAGACACGGGACAUGGCACAGCUGUGCAGACAGCGGUUCGUAUUGCCAGUUUCGGCAGCACACGUAACCGUAAAGCUUUGCUAAUGGGAAAGGCUCGCACUGCUGCCACUGUUUCCACACCUGGUGAUAUACUCUCUAGCAUAAUGGAUAUGCAGGAACUUUGGCAUGCUACGACAAGAAAUCUAACCGAGGUUCGUAUCAAUGCCGAUGGCAGCCUGAAUUUGCCACAGCGUACAACUAACUCGACAUCGAAUUCGAGUACCACAACAGAGGCUGCCAAGCCCAUUGAGCAUGUAACGCAAGUGCCGCUUUAUCAGCGUGGUGGUGCUGGGCCCAAUUUUGGACGAGGCGGUGGCGCUGGAGGAGGUAGCGGCAACUAUAAUAAUCGUUAUGGUGGACAAAAUAACUAUCGUGGUGGCGGUGGCAGUGGCAGCGGAACUGGUAACCAAUAUCAACGUCACUCCACUGGCGGAAUGUCAAACAGUGGAAAUGACAGCAAUACAGGCGGUGGCAACUUCAACAAUCAAAGUGGCAACAACAGCAGCAACAAUAAUAACAGCAAUUCGCAGGGCAUGCCCGGAUUUACGCCCUUUAAUUUGCGCUUCAAUCAACGAAACCAGCAGCAACAACAACGCAAUCAAAAUUUGUCACAGCGUCAAUCUCUGCCUUUUACGCCAACUACCCCAUCAAAUACAAAUUUUUCGCAUAUGAUACCAACGCAGCCGCAGCCCCAACCACAGCCGCAACUAUUCAGCGGCCUGCCAGCGCCCAUUAACCAUCAGACGCCGAUACGAAUGUCCAUGCCACCUGUCUUAACUGUGCCACCACCACCUGCACCACCGCCAAAUUUGCCUUGGAAUAGUUCCCUCUUUAAAAUCAAUAUGGACUAUGCCGCCACCAAUAACAGCAGCAAUGACAAUGCCAACGACGAUGACGAGAACUGUCCUAAUUAUUCCAUAUACUCACAAGAGUCCCUCGCUGUGGCUAAAGCCACGGAGCUAUCAAUGCAGAAAGCUAACGAAUCCACAAAGGAUGACGAUGAUAUGAAUGAAGAUUUAGUACAAUUAGACGAUGAAGAAGAUAUUCCAUUGCCGCCAGAAAUGGAGAAAAAAAUUGGCAACAGCAAUAACUCUACUAAUGACAAUGAUGCUGGUAACGACCUGUAUGAACCAGAAAAUCCCACAGAGGAAACUGAUGAGAUAUAUGACAAGGCCGGUGAACUGGCCAGCGAUUCUAAAAAAAGUGAAAAAUCAUGUGUUGGAGAACAGUACGAUCCAGAGGACGAACCGAGUGACUCAAAUUCGAAUGCAGCGAAUUCAAACUUAGAGCCCAUUUCAUCGGAUGUGCCCACAGGCAAAGAGCCCGAAAACGAUGAUGACGAUGAAGAUGAGGCAAAGACACGCAGCACGCCCAGCCCGACAUUGAGGGACACUCGCGUCGCAGAUGGAGGCAAGGGAGUCUUGGAAUUGUAUGAUGAUAGUGAUUGGGAGGAAUUGGAUAUAGAUAAGCCAAAAGAGUUCGAAAAAUCUGCAGGCGGUGAAGAAAAGGAUGACAAAGAGGAAGUUAAUGCGGACUUGGGUGAUCAGAGCGAGCAGAGUGCGCAGAGUCCUGUCGUGAAAAAGAAAACAAAAGGAGAUCAUGCAGACGAUAGAGAAAAAACCCCAGGCAGCGCACCCGACCAAGAUCGCUCUUAUACUCCAUGUCUGGAUGAAAAAACUAUGGAUGAGGAGGCUGCCAGCGGCAAGACUCACGAAAAAGGGGACGAGGGCACAAGCGCAGUAAAAAGUAAAUCACGGAAAAAGAGUCGGGACGCAGAGGUAGUUAAUGCCAUGGACACAGAGCUAAUAUCCGACGAUGACGAUUUAAAUAACGAUAGCAACGACGAAGCAAAGCGUCGCAGCCGCAGUCGUCGUCGGAGUGUUGCCGCAGAAGGCAAAUCUAAACGUGGUAAGAAACGCAGUAAGGAGACUUUUAAGAAGAUCGGGAAGCGUCAAAAGGAUCGAAAUUAUCGGGCAGAAAAACAACAAUCGCGCAGUGGCUCACGGCGACCCCGAACCCCACGCUCUGAUUCUCGUAGCUGCAGUCGCCAUACACUGAGUCGUAGUCGUAGUCGCAGCCGGAGCCGCACCCAUAGCCAUAGUCGCUCGAAAUCCCCUCGGGAACUACGGCGUCGUGUAAGUCGCUCCAAGUCGAGAUCCAGAUCAAAGUCGAGAUCGAAAUCCCGAUCGAGGUCCAGAUCAUAUUCCCGCUCCCGAUCCCACUCGCAUUCGCACAGUCCUCGUGGACGCGGUCACCGACAGAGCUAUCAAAAUAAUUACUAUAACUACAAUGGUCGGGGAAAUUUUUACAAUUCGCGGGGAGGACGUGGCUUUGGACGUUUUAAUUAUCGCAAUGCGCAGUUCCAUAAUCCGCAGUUCCACAAUCAGCAUCAGCACUACCAGCGUCCAUAUGGACACCAAAAUUUUGCGCAACCGCAAAUGCAGCGUCCAAAGCGACGGGAGCUGCCGCGAUACGAUGUGCGAAACGUGGUUGGCGCAGGGCGUCAGCAUUAUCAGCAGCACUACAAGGAUCGCUAUGGACGCGAUGCCGCACGGUCCGGACGCAGUCGUUCGCUUAGCUACGAGCGGCGUCCGCGAUCUCGCAGUUUCUCACGUAGUGUGUCCCGUUCGCGCUCUGCGUCGCCACACAAACGCUUUCGCAGUUUCACCAUAUCGCCCUCGCCGCCGGGUGUCAGCAGUCACCAUCAACGUGGUAGCUCCCGCUCACGAUCCCGUUCCCGCUCCCGUUCCCGCACACCACUGCCACUGGUGCCAGGGCGUCGGUUUAAUCGGUCACCCUCCCAGCCGAUGGUACGUCGCAGCCGAAGUCGUAGUGUUCACUCCCUGCACUCCCGAUCCCAUACGCCGCCGCGCAUUAAUGGUGGCCGCAAACUCGCAGCGGCGGUUGGGAAUCGAUCGCCGAUCUAUUCACCUACGCGCUAUACUCCGCGUCUGAGUCGCAGUCGGUCGAAGAGCCCGAAUCCUGUGACAAAGAAAAAGAAAAAGAAGGGCGAAAAGAAGAAGAAGAAGGGUAGGAAGCGUCCCGCAAGCAGCAGUCCGGGACAUCCACGUCGCAUUUCACGUCAGCGGGAUCCCUUCGACGACGCUGAUGAUUUCCUAGCGCCGCAAUUAAACAAAAAGCGUCGCCACUCCCCGUCUAAAAACACUGGGGGGUUGCUUGCCUCCCACUGGUCACCCUCUCCCUCGCCCGGACGAUCACCGAACCGUCGAAACUUCCUACAUGAAAGUGGUGGUCCCGGCGGCGUUGACAAGAACCCUGCAUCCUGGACUCCACCUUUGGGUUCCCCGCAUGGAGUGCAACAUUACGACACCGCCGCUGAUCACAGACGCAGCUUAUCACCAAUGAUUGGAGGCAAAAAGAUGAAGCGCAAACGCGACAAGAGUAAGAAAAAGAAAAAGCCAUUGGAGAAGCAACAGCGCAAAGAAAAGAAACGCAAGGGUCACACAAUACAGACGCUACCGCCUGAAACAUUGCCCUCCAAGGAGGUAUUCGCUUCUGGCAAUAAUAUUCUUGUCAGUGUUAGUUUCAACAAGGAGUCGAAUAGUAAUGCAGCAGCCCCUGCACCGGCGCCCCAGCAACAAACGACAGUGGUCACUGUGCCCCUUCUUCGCGACGAUUUACUUAUGAACAGACGAAACUCUAUUGAUCGUUUGAGUCUGACGAACGCCAGUGCCGGCACGCACAAGCGUUCCAAAAAGGACAAGUUACGCAAGCGGAAAAAGCUGGAGGCGAAGCCUGUGGCCAUUAUAGAUUUGGAACGAUCGCCCUUCCAGGUGCAUCAAGAACCAGCCGAUGUGAUUGUCCUCACCGACAGCGAGGAUACCAAUGAGAACCAAAUGUCCUUGUCAAUGCGACGUGAAAGACGCAGUCGUGGCAGUGUCUCUUCCAUCGCGGAUGUCCAUGAUGGACGUGUGGCCGAGCGCGAGCAUGGCCAGCGCGACAAGACGCCGCAGGUCGACAGUCUGGAGACCAUCAUGGAAACUUCCUAUGAGAAUCUGCCACAGACGACAACCGGUCCAAAGACGCCACCAGAACCACCAAUGGUCAAGUUCAAUUUACCCGCCAAGAAACUGCACAAAGUGCGCAAUAACCCCCUGCACGAUGAGGCCGACGACAUCAAUUCCGCCGAUGAGCUGGAGGCCGCGCAUGCGGUCCACUCGGCAAUGCGAUCCGUGGAAGAUGAGCAGCCUGCGCAGCAUGAGCCAACGCAGAAGAUUGGCCCGAAUACGCCGCCUGAAUCAGGUCCCUGCUCGCCCGAUGCCUACGAUCCCUUCGAGCCAACCAAGUCCCCAUCACUGUCGCCCCGCUCCCCAACACCAACAAAGAGCAUGGAAGACGGAGUAGCGCCGAGCACAGAUGACAAGGUUGGAGCCGGCAUGGAAGUCGAUCAAUUACCUGGUGAUGAGCUGACCAAUGCCAGCAACAGCACGCCAAUCGUUACGUCAGGCGCCAACAGUGGGGUCACGCAGACGAACCCAAACAACUCUGCCAUUAAUCCCGUCGACUUAGUGAUGGCAUUAAUGAAUAAGCCCAGCAAUAGCAGUGUAUCGAAUCAGCAGCAGGACUUGGGCAGCAAAUCGUGUGACAACUCAUCGCAAUAUUUGAACAACAAUGCUGUAAAUAGCUCCAAUGCCCCUGGAGGAUCAGAGGAUAAAAGCGACGAUGGCGGCAAUGCAAUAACAGUGCUCUCCAAUGUGCUGCUAUCUACGGGGAGUGGCUCGCAGCAUAUACCGGUCAUAUCUAGUCCCACGCCACCAUCGACUUUGGUCAAGAAGUUGUCAAAGGCUGGCGGCGGCAGCGUCGCCAGCAGCAGCAGCGGAAUGGGUAACCUGCCUCCUUCUAGUGGGGCAAUGCGAAAUGGCAGUAGUGGUGCUGUGGUGUCCAGCGGCAUGGAGGACGCUUUCAACUUGGAACUCGAUAGUCCCUACUCACCCGGCUCGGCAGACUAUGAAGAUCUCUUCGAGCCGCCGCCGGAGAGCCUCGGAAGACGUGCCAAGGCUGGCAGUGGCAAAACCGAAAUGUUCGACAAUCUCUUUGGCAGCAGUUCGCCUGUGGGGCAAAUCCGCGUUAACCCGCGCUACAAGCGUCAGCGAACAAACAAAAACGAACGCCGAGCAAGAGGCAAAGUUGGCAAAUCCGGAGAGGCAUAUGACGAUCUGCCCAAUUCGGCAGUUGAUUUACAGGUGAAGGACAAGUUCUUGCGCAAGCUAAAUCGUCAGGAGCGCGUUGUUGAAGAAGUGAAAUUAGUGCUGAAACCACAUUUUAAUAAGAAAGUGAUCACCAAGGAGGAUUAUAAGGACAUUAUGCGGCGUGCUGUGCCAAAAAUUUGUCACAGUCGCUCUGGUGAAAUCAAUCCACACAAAAUCAAAAACUUGAUCGACGCUUACGUUAGGAAGUUCCGCGCUAAGCACAAGAAAUUAAGUUUACUCAACACGGGGCAAGUGAGCAGUGCUGUCAAAUGUGCCGCCUAUUUGAAGAAGCUCUAAGCAAGCGUUGAUGUGCGUUCAUUUCAUCGCAUCAGCGUGCAGCGGCACGUAUUGCAUUCCUACUCUAGCAACCAACAGUCACCGAUCGCCCAAGAAGCGCAAAACCAUAAAUUGUCAUUACGAUUAAUUUUAAAAUUUAGUUAAUAAGCUCACAUUUUAAGUCACAUUACGAAUGAUUUGUAGUGCUUCUGCAAAUGCAAAAGAAAAUGUAAUGGAUAAUAUGUAGUAAUCAGCAGCAAAAGUAUCUUUGCCGUCUAUUUCUCAUUUACCCAAAGCACCAUAUACAGUUAAUUUAUAUCAGUUUCAGUUAAUAAGUUUGUUUAUGUGUAUGCUAUUAUUAAUUUUUAUCAAAUGGAAAAUUGAAUCCACGUGUAAGUAGUUGAAACAGUAACAGUAAAAAAAAAAAACAACAACAAAUACUGUAUUUUACCUCUGAGGAUAUUUAACGAAAAUUAAAUAUUUAAAUCAUUAUUGUAUUUCAUUUGCAAUUUGUCGAGCCUGUGCCAUAAAGUAAAAUGGCCGGCUUCGCCGACACUGCAAAAUGUUAAUAAAGAAUUGUAAUUAUUCAUCAUAAAUAUCUAUGUAUUAUUAUGUAUUCAGUUUAUACAAAUAUAAAUAUAUACCACUCAAUUGUGCAUAGUUGGUCAAUCAUUACAUGGGACUUUUUUGAAUAAAGAGUACAUACUACUUUUAAACCAAA